UGCCAAUCAAUGUUGGCGAUACGAGACGACAGCAAAUUGAGUAUGACAGCUAAACAACAACAUGGAGGAGGGAGCGAACUUCUAGACAGCCGUCAUAUUUUGGAGGAAACGUUACAAUAAUUCAUUUUUCCUGUGUGCAGUUUCGAACCAAUCGAAAGUGGACUGGUGUCCUGGCAUUUCGGUAGAUGUCCACGCCUUCAGACACGUCAGGUGGCAUGUCCCAUCCUGGCCCAUCACCAGGGGCAGGCCUGUCCCCAGGGCCCAUCUUGGGCCCCAGCCCUGGACCGGAUCCCUCCCCUGGUUCAGUUCACAGCAUGAUGGGGCCCAGUCCUGGACCAGGAACACCCAACGCACCCCAUGGCAUGCAGAGCCAGGGACAAGGCGAUUACUCUCAGGACAACAUGUAUCCUAUGCAUAAGCCCAUGGAGGCAGCAAUGAAUGACAAAACUAUGUCUGAGGCGAUGCAUUUCAGCCACAUGAAAGGUGUGGGCAUGAGGUCCCUCCACAGCGGCAUGGGACCUCCACAGAGCCCUAUGGACCAGCAUAGCCAAGGUUACAUGUCUCCACAUCCGUCCCCGAUGGGAAUCCAUGAGCAUGCUUCCAGUCCCAUGUCAGGAGGUGGAGGUGGUCCUACACCGCCCCACAUUCCUCCAUCUCAGUCAGGCCCCAUGAUGCCCAUGGAUCCUCAAGGAGGGAUGCCCAACAUGUCUGCAAUGGGCCCACAAGGACGUGGCCCCUCUGCUUUCAGCCCAGUGCAGCUGCAGCAGCUCAGAGCCCAGAUUCUGGCCUAUAAGAUUCUGGCCCGAGGGCAGCCGCUGCCAGACAACCUCCAGCUGGCCGUUCAGGGCAAAAGGAGUCUCCCCACAAUGCAGCAGCAACAGCCGGUGCCACAGCAGCAGCAACAACAACAGCAGCAGCAGCAACCACCGCAGCAGCAGCAGGCAUCUGGUGCCAGCCCAUACAGGCCUUCAGGUAUGGCGCCUAUGAGCGGCCCCCAAUCAAGCCCCUGCCCAACACCAGCCAUGCAAGGACACAAUCAAAGCACAGCAGCCAAGCCUUGGACUGAUGGUCAAGGUGGUGACAAUCAAGCAAACGCACAGAAGCACCUCACUCCGGUACCCAGUGGCCGCCCAUCUCCUGCACCCCCGCCGAUCCCUGCAGGACCGUUGCCAGGGAGUUCAGCAGCUGCUCACCCUCCGGGUCAGCAGGUGUCCCCCAUGCUCCAAAUGCAGCAGAAGCAGAACCGAAUUACUCCGGUCCAGAAGCCUCAGGGUUUGGACCCAGUGGGAAUCCUGCAGGAGAGAGAGUACAGACUGCAGGCUCGGAUUGCUCAUCGCAUCCAGGAACUGGAGAGUCUACCCGGUUCCUUGCCUCCGGACCUUAGAACUAAAGCUACAGUGGAGCUCAAAGCUCUACGUCUGCUCAACUUCCAGCGCCAGCUCAGGCAGGAUGUGGUGGCGUGUAUGAGGCGAGACACGACCCUGGAGACGGCCCUCAACUCGAAGGCUUACAGGCGCAGCAAGCGGCAGACGCUGAGGGAGGCGCGCAUGACAGAGAAGCUGGAGAAGCAGCAGAAACUGGAGCAAGAGAAGAAGCGCCGACAAAAACAUCAGGAAUACCUCAACAGUAUUCUUCAGCAUGCCAAGGACUUUAAGGAAUACCACCGCUCAGUGUCCGGGAAAACCCAGAAACUCACCAGAGCUGUCGCCAACUGGCACACAAACACCGAACGGGAGCAGAAGAAGGAAACUGAGAGAAUUGAGAAGGAGAGAAUGAGAAGACUGAUGGCAGAGGAUGAGGAAGGCUACCGGAAACUCAUUGACCAGAAGAAGGACAAACGUCUGGCCUAUUUGCUGCAACAGACGGAUGAAUAUGUGGCCAACCUCACAUCUCUGGUGUAUGAGCACAAAGCUGCUCAGGCUGCCAAGGAGAAGAAGAGGAGGAAGAAGAAAAAGAAGAAGGUGGAAGGAGACGGCGAAGGCACCAGCGCCAUUGGACCCGAUGGAGAGCCCAUGGAUGAGAGCAGCCAAAUGAGCGAGCUGCCAGUUAAAGUGAUUCAGACGUCGACUGGGAAGGUUCUACAGGGGACAGAUGCCCCGACGUCUGGCCAGCUGGAGGCUUGGCUGGAGAUGAACCCUGGGUAUGAAGUCGCCCCACGUUCAGACAGUGAGGAAAGUGGCUCCGAAUUCGAGGAGGAGGAUGAAGAGGAAAUGGGCAAGGCGGAAACGGAGGAGAAGAAGAAAACCGAUCCCAGUGGAGACGAAGGGGCUAAGCACGAUGCCAAGAACAUCAUCGAGUCAGCCAAACAAGAUGUGGAUGAUGAGUACAGCGUUCCCACUGGGCAAACCAGCUCCCAGUCUUAUUAUGGGGUGGCCCACGCCGUCAUUGAGAAGGUGGAGAAGCAGUCGUCUCUGCUGAUAAACGGCAUGCUCAAACAUUAUCAGAUCCAGGGGCUCGAGUGGAUGGUGUCCCUCUACAACAACAACCUCAACGGCAUCCUGGCUGAUGAAAUGGGCCUCGGUAAAACCAUCCAGACCAUCGCCCUCAUCACCUACCUGAUGGAGUACAAGAGGCUCAACGGGCCCUAUCUCAUCAUAGUCCCCCUAUCGACUUUGUCCAAUUGGGUUUAUGAACUUGACAAAUGGGCUCCUUCUGUGGUCAAAAUUGCUUACAAGGGCACUCCUGCUCUGCGUCGCGGUCUUGUACCUCAGCUUCGCAGCGGCAAAUUUAAUGUUCUUCUGACUACCUAUGAGUACAUCAUCAAGGACAAGCACAUACUGGCCAAGAUCCGCUGGAAGUACAUGAUUGUGGACGAGGGCCAUCGUAUGAAGAACCACCACUGUAAACUGACGCAGGUGUUGAACACCCACUAUGUGGCCCCCCGCCGGCUCCUCCUUACCGGGACCCCACUGCAGAACAAGCUGCCUGAGCUGUGGGCUCUGCUCAACUUCCUGCUGCCCACCAUCUUCAAGAGCUGCAGCACCUUUGAGCAGUGGUUCAAUGCACCUUUCGCCAUGACUGGAGAGAGGGUUGACCUUAAUGAGGAGGAGACCAUUCUAAUCAUUCGGCGUCUGCAUAAGGUGCUCCGCCCAUUUUUGCUUCGAAGACUGAAGAAGGAGGUGGAAUCUCAACUGCCAGAGAAAGUGGAAUACGUCAUUAAGUGUGACAUGUCAGCGAUCCAGAAGGUUCUCUACCGCCACAUGCAGAAAGGCAUACUGCUAACCGACGGCUCAGAGAAAGACAAGAAGGGCAAAGGAGGUGCUAAGACCCUGAUGAACACCAUCAUGCAGCUGAAGAAGAUCUGUAACCAUCCGUACAUGUUCCAACACAUAGAGGAAUCUUUUGCUGAGCACCUGGGCUACCCGAAUGGCAUCAUCAGUGGACAUGAUCUAUACAGAGCUUCUGGGAAGUUUGAGCUUCUCGAUCGAAUCCUACCCAAGCUCCAGGCCACUGGCCACAGGGUGCUGCUCUUCUGCCAGAUGACCUCUUUGAUGACCAUCAUGGAGGAUUACUUCGGUUAUCGUAACUUCCAGUAUUUACGGCUUGAUGGAACCACCAAAUCUGAGGACCGUGCUGCUCUCCUGAAGAAAUUUAACGAGGAAGGAUCUCAGUACUUCAUCUUCCUCCUCAGUACCAGAGCAGGUGGCCUUGGGCUCAACCUGCAGGCUGCAGAUACAGUCGUCAUCUUUGACAGUGACUGGAACCCACACCAGGAUCUUCAGGCCCAGGAUCGGGCUCACCGUAUCGGACAGCAAAAUGAAGUCCGUGUGCUUCGUCUCUGCACAGUCAACAGCGUGGAGGAAAAAAUCCUGGCUGCUGCCAAAUACAAACUAAACGUGGAUCAGAAGGUUAUCCAAGCAGGCAUGUUUGACCAGAAAUCCUCCAGCCACGAGCGGCGGGCCUUCCUCCAAGCCAUUUUAGAACAUGAGGAACAGAACGAGGAGGAAGACGAGGUCCCUGAUGAUGAAACCCUUAACCAGAUGAUCGCCCGCAAUGAAGAUGAAUUUGAGCUGUUUAUGCGCAUGGACAUGGACCGUCGUCGAGAAGACGCCAGGAACCCAAAACGUAAGCCUCGCUUAAUGGAAGAAGAUGAGCUGCCUUCCUGGAUCAUCAAGGACGAUGCUGAGGUGGAGAGGCUUACUUAUGAGGAAGAAGAAGAGAAGAUGUUCGGCCGCGGAUCACGCUGCCGUCGGGACGUCGAUUACAGCGACGCCAUGACCGAAAAGCAAUGGCUGCGAGCCAUCGAAGAUGGGAACUUGGAAGAAAUGGAAGAGGAAAUCCGCCUGAAAAAGCGCAAACGCAAGCGACGUCAGGACAAAGACUCAUCAAGCAGAGACGAUGGAGGCAUGAAGGCCAAGAAGAGACGAGGGAGGCCGCCGGCAGAGAAACUCUCGCCCAACCCGCCCAAACUCACCAAGCAGAUGAACACCAUCAUCGACACAGUGAUCAACUACAGAGAUGGCAGGUCAGGAAGGCAACUGAGUGAGGUGUUUGUGCAGCUUCCAUCCAGGAAGGAGCUCCCUGAGUACUAUGAGCUAAUCAGAAAACCUGUGGACUUCAAAAAGAUCAAGGAGCGAGUGAGAAACCACAAAUACCGAAGUUUGGGGGACCUGGAGAAGGACGUGAUGCUUCUCUGUCAGAAUGCACAAACAUUUAACCUGGAGGGAUCCCAGAUAUACCAGGACUCCAUUGUUCUUCAGUCAGUUUUCAAGAGUGCCAGACAGAAGAUUGCCAAGGACGAAGACAGUGAGGAUGACAGCGAUGAGGAAGAUGAUGAUGACUAUGACUCAGAGGCUGAGGCUAAGUCUGUGCGGGUGAGGAUCAAGCUGGGCAGGGAGGGACGCAGCCACGACAAAGGCAAGAAGAGGCAAAGCCGCGGAAAGGCCAAGCCGGUGGUCAGCGACGAUGACAGUGACGACGACCAGGAUGAUAACGAUCAGUCGGACAAGAGCAAAAGUGACGAGGACUGAGGAAGACCAGCAGCAGCAGUGUGAAGAUGAUGUUCGUACAAAAAGGACAAUAUCUUCAUUUUCUAUCAUUAAGCUUUAUUCUGUUUUCUUUGUAUUUGUCCUCUCUGUCUGACUGUAGUGUGUCUCUCAUCUUUUCCAUCAACUUUAAAAUAUAUUACUAAUCAAUCAAGUAACCACAGAAGUACCAAUCAGCUUAUUAUGUUUUUAAGAGUUUUCUAGUAUAUUUUUUAAGUCUGUGCUGAUAUAAGGCACAAUAGAAGUUCUACAUAGAAAAAAUGCAUUUGGUCAAACUAUGAAUUCUUCAUUAUAAUAUUAAUAUCCCCAUUAUUACAAGGCAACUGAAUACAAGUUGAUGUAUUAGCAACAUAUAUAUACAGAUUUGUUUUGUGUUGAUAGGGAAUAAUACAGUUAUACCUUUUUUUCAUUGUUCUUUUUGCAUUAUGAUGCACAAAGUGGUAAAAAUGAAAAAUUAGAGAUAAAGGUCCUGUAUGUCCUAUCAACAGCAACUUCAAUGAGGCAUUUGUAAAAGAAAUUGGGGAAGAUAAAACUGUUCUCCCAGUUUUAAGGGUUGGUGGCUUUGGAGGAAAACAACAAUAUUAACAAUGGCAGUUUGAUUGGCCCUGCUAGGAACACAUUGCAGCUCCCACUGUGUGUUAAAAAUGAUCUAAUUUGCUAACAAAGUGCAUUAAUUGGUGAUUAUUAAUUUUGCUCAGUAGUCAAACCUUCAAUUAUUGUUGAAGUCAAUAUUAUAAAUGCAUUCUCAAACAAAUUAUGCAGUGAAAAUAGCAGGUUUUAGUUAGUUUUAUUGUUCCAUAUUACUAAAUUAAAAACUCUUUUGUUACUGCUCAUUGAGCGCCUGCAGAUUUUUUUUUUCACAUCAUCACAUUGAAACUAUUUAAAUAUCAGAAAAGGAACACCUGAGUGAAUAGAGCGUUAUUCCAUUACGGAUGGUUUUCUUUUAUUAAAGGUGAAUAGUUCCAAUACGCUCCCACUGCUCCUGUACAGAUCUUUUUUUUUUUUUUUUUGCAGGCGUAAUGUAAUGAGGUGUAGGAAUGUUUUAACGCUGAUAGAGCCAGGUGGACGACAGCAUGUAAUGCGUGACACACGCAGAGAAUCCAUUUCUCAUGAGCUGAGUAUUGGAGCCUAGAAAUGCAGCUGCAGUAAAUAGAGUAAACCUUAUUUUAAAAGUCGCAUGCUUGUAAAGGCAUGUAUGGAAUAGAAGAAAUAUUAUUUAACUUUUUAACCUGAGCAGUGCAUCUUUAAGUGAUGGUUAUCCAAAACACCUGCAUAUAGAGGCAGAAACAAAUCCCCCAAAAGACCUCAGGAGAAGUGGGGUAGUGUCUAAAAAAAUUUUUCUGAUUCCUCUGAAGGAUUUAUGCCUUCUCUUUUUUAGCAGAAUUGUUUAAUAACAUCCCAGUUCCAUUCAGGCUUUGACUAGCCUUCUUUAAUAAUUGAUUUUUGCAUCUGUGCUGUGGAUGCUUGCAGGUAGAGGUGCGUUGAUCCAAUGCUUGGAUCGGAUAUCGGCUCUGAUAUUAAUUAGCUGGAUCGGAUAUCAGAUGAACAAUGCAGCCAUUUCUAUUUUUAUUGAUAUCACACACAGCAAUACAGUCACAACAAAUGGUCACUUAUAUUUAAUGAUUAGAACAUUUAUACUUUUUGAGCUAUUUCGAAUGCCCCAUCUGGUUUUCAUCCCUAUAACCUAAGGGUUAUUGAUAUCACACACUUUAAUACAGUCACAGUGAUUUAGUGACUUACAUUUAAUGAUUGCAACUCUGAUUAUGUCAUUGCACGGAGCACACACAUAGCAAGCAUGAUGCCUUUACACACAUUGCUAAGAAUACUGUACGGAUAAUUUGCUCAGCCUGUGUAUCAGUAUCGGAUUGGAUCAGAAAAAUGUAUUGGUGCAUCUCUACUUGCAGUAAUACGACAAUGAGUCAUGUUAUAUUUCACAUAGUGCCAGGUUGAUCUGGAUCGAUUUUAAUAGAUCAAAUCAUUUCAAAGCUUUUUCGUUUUCUCUCUGGCUGUUGUUUUCAGACCCAGUGUACCAUUCCAAGUGCUUCAAGUGCAUUUGUUUUAUAGUAAUUGGAAGCAGUGAUGUUAUUUUGAAGUUAUAAUUUAGUUUCAUUUGUUCCAUUUUUUUUUGUUUAUUAUCGAAAGAAAGGUUUUCCUGAAAAUUAUUAGAAUGCAAUCCUUAAAAUUUAACCAUUUCCACACUUUAACACACUGUAAGAGAUUCAAAUCUCCAGUAACAAACACAUUUCAGCUUCUUAUUCAGAUACUAAUAUAGAAUUAGCCUUAAAUGCUGGUAUUAGCUUCUGUUUAAAUUAAUGUGGAUUAAACAAAAGAAAGUAAAGUUAUUAAAGGCUAGAUGGCAGCGACAAAUGCAGACCAAUGUUUUGUUUUCCUGAGGAGUGACAUAGACCGAUGGUAAAGACCACUAAACGUUCAGUCUGAUGGAAUAUCUGAACUAGCUUAAACAUAAAAAGUCAUAGAAAUUCUUAGUUUUACUUCAUGAUCAAAUAUAUAUUUAUGUAUAAUUGCACGCCAUUUUCCAAAUGAUUAAGAUCUUUUGUUUUUUUCUAAUGAGGAGUUUUUAGAUCACUGUAAUGUGAUUUACAGGAAGUAGCUCAUUUAAAUUGGUUAAAGUAGCAUCUUUAAGGAAACAGGCGCUCCAUAAAACAACAGAUAAACAACUUCUUGCUGUUUUCUGAUUAUUUUUAAAGACGAUGGAAAUGAGAAAUUUUACAAAAGAGGAAAAAAAGCAAACUUUCAAUACAUUCUAAACAGAUUUUAAAUGAACAAUAUAUUUUUAAGUGUACCGAUGUAUUCAUCUAGCCUAUAUGUCUGUGAGUUCGUUUUACUGUCUCCCUCCAGCGUUUUGUGUGUUUGUAGCAUGAACUCCUGAAGAAUAUACCGUGCACAUGCAGAGUCAUCCUUACUGCGUGUGUAACGUCCCCACCAGCUCUCCAAAUAAGCCGGAUUUCAUUUUUGCUUUCUUUGCACAGUGUCCCUGUGGUUGUAAUCUCAUAGCCCCGAGCAAAUAAAUAUCAAAUGAUUUUCUGCGUAAA